AAAUUCAAUCACUUAUCACACUUUCAAUAACCCAAUUCCAAAUCUUAAAAUCUCCACGAAAAUGGCUCUCCGAUCUGUAAAAACGCCGACUUUGGUAACUCCGGCCGGCGUCGUCUCCUCCUCAACUGUCAACAAGCCUCAAUCUUUCAGAUUCGCCUCCAAACCGACGGCAACACUCGCCAUCCACAACCGCCAUCUAUCAAUCUACGGCAUCAAUUCGAAUCUCAAACUCAAGCCAGCUUCUUCCGCCGCAAAAUUCCGGUGCUCGGCGUCGGCGCUUACGCCGCAGCUCAGAGAUACGCUGGAAAAGCUGGUGAAUUCGAAUAAAGUGGUACUUUUCAUGAAAGGAACGAGGGAUUUCCCGAUGUGCGGGUUCUCAAACACGGUGGUGCAGAUCCUGAAGAAUCUGAACGUGCCUUUCGAAGACGUGAACAUUCUGGAGAACGAGAUGCUUAGGCAGGGACUUAAAGAGUACUCGAAUUGGCCGACUUUCCCUCAGCUUUACAUCGGCGGUGAGUUUUUCGGUGGUUGUGAUAUCACUCUUGAGGCGUUUCAGAGUGGGGAAUUGCAGGAAGUGGUGGAAAGAGCGAUUUGUUCUUGAUGCUGAUCAAAAUACGAUUUCAUUGUUGUUGAUGCCUUUGGAUUUUGUUACUGGUAAACAAAAAGGUCUUGUGAGUUUAUGAUGGCUGUAACAUAAAGAGACCAUAUUUGUAUGAUGGAUUUAGCUAUGGAAACACUUACAUCAUGAUCUCGAUUCUCCUUGUGGAUUUGAUCCUUUUGACA